AUGGCCAAGGCCGUGGGUGGCCACGUUGGGACCUACCUGUGGGUGGAGCCAGCACCGGGAAGACGGACCCGCAAGGCUCGGGAGGUCUCCCUGCCUCCCUGGCUGCCCCUGGCUUCCUGCUAUGCCUGCCCGCUCCCUGUUCCCUCCAUCCUCCCGCAGAAUGCCUCCCCGGCAAGGACGCCUCCAGCCGGGGCAUCGCUGGCCUGUGCAUACCCAGCCCGGGUAUCACCUUCCAGGUCAUCGCCCGGCGGUUCAUCGUCUGCCAUGUCAGCCUCCAUGACAUCGUCUCCAGCGAGAGUAUACCUUGUUAGAGCCACACCAGUGAGGGCCGUUCCUGUCGAGGCAUCUCCUGCCAGGUCCACACCAGCUGCCAGGGCCGCCAGGGCCACCAGGGAGAGCCCAGGUAUCCACUUGCCCAAGUUCACCAGGCAGAAGGGCCUGAAGCUGGUGCUGCUCAUCGGAUGUAUCUUCCUCCUCAUUGCCCUCGUGGUGUCACUCAUCAUUCUCUUCUACUUCUGGCAGGGCCACAUAGGCAUCAAGUACAAGGAGCCCGUAGAGAGCUGCCCCAAGCAUGCUGUGCGCUGUGAUGGGGUCGUGGACUGUAAACUGAAGAGCGACGAGCUGGGCUGUGUGAGGUUUGACUGGGACAAGUCUCUGCUUAAAAUCUACUCUGGAUCCUCCCAUAAGUGGCUUCCCAUCUGCAGUGACAGCUGGAAUGAUUUCUACUCGAAGAAGACCUGCCAGCAGCUGGGUUUCAAGAGUGCUUACCAGACAGCCAAGGUGACCAACAGGAAUUUUGACAGCAGUUUCUCAGUCUCCAAAUAUAGCUCCACCUUCCAGGAGAGCGUCUACAGGUCUGAAUGCCCUUCCCAGCAGUACGUGACUCUCCAGUGUCCCGACUGUGGACUGAGGGCCCUGACCGGGCGGAUCGUGGGAGGGGCGCUGGCCCCAGAGAGCAAGUGGCCUUGGCAAGUUAGUCUGCAGUAUGACCGCACCCACAUUUGUGGGGGCACGCUGAUCGACGCCCAGUGGGUGCUCACCGCCGCCCACUGCUUCUUCAUGACCCCGGAUAAGAUCCUGGAGGGCUGGAAGGUGUACGUGGGCACCAACAACCUGCACCAGCUGCCCGAGGGAGCCUCCAUUGCCCAGAUCAUUAUCAACAGCAACUACACGGACGACCAGGACGACUAUGACAUCGCCCUCAUGAGGCUCUCCAAGCCCCUGACUCUGACCGCACAUGUCCACCCUGCCUGCCUCCCCAUGCAUGGACAGAACUUCAGCCUCAAUGAGACCUGCUGGGUCACAGGCUUCGGCAAGACCAAGGAGACAGAUGAGAAGACAUCCCCCUUCCUCCGGGAGGUGCAGGUCAACCUCAUCGACUACAAGAAGUGUAACAGCUACUUGGUCUACAACAGCUACCUCACCCCGAGGAUGAUGUGUGCGGGGGACCUGCAGGGAGGGAGAGAUUCCUGCCAGGGAGACAGCGGGGGGCCCCUGGUCUGCGAGCAGGACCACCGCUGGUACCUGGCAGGAAUCACCAGCUGGGGCAUUGGCUGUGGCCAGAGAAACAAACCCGGCGUGUACACCAAAGUGACGGAAGUCCUCCACUGGAUAUACAGCAAGAUGGAGAGUGAGACGCGCUUCUAGAAAGCCUACGUCUGGCUCCACCGCACGGCACUGGCUGCUGUAAAGACUGGCCAAUCAGAGGAAAACCAGAAAGGCACAGCUGGCGGCGAAUGCGCGCCGGCGCUGGCCCGCGCCCUCGACGGCGGUCUCCUGUUGCUUCUCGGCGCGGCCUGCCCUUUGAAAAAGAAUCUCUCCCGCAGCCGGGAGCAGCGGCGGCGCGCUCCGAGGAGCCGGCGGCGCGCGGGCGCGCCUCUCCAACAAGCCCCAACCCUUCCCAGCAGGGGAGGCGGGAAAAAAGCGAAAGCCUCGCCCACAGCCCUGCCCCCAGCCCCGCCGCUCCCAGGCUCCUCCGGACUCCGCGCAUCCUCCUGGGAUUGUCUCGGAGGGUACCGCGCCGUGCAGACUGUGCCAGGCAGCCCCCAGGACUCACUGUCUGACAAAUCACCCACCAGCUUCUGCCUGAACGCCCUGGAGGAAGCAAACCAGUCAUGA